AUAAUGUUUUACAUCAUAAGAAAUGGCUGAUUUCUAGAUGCACUUCCUCUUUUGUAAUAAAUGAUUUAUUGCUUGAUUAUUACAUAGCUAAUUUCCAAUUAAAGAAGCUCAAGUAAAAUUGGAGUCAUCAGAGAAUAUUGAAAUAUUCUACUCAGUAAAUUAUAUCGACCAAUUGUUGAUUACAUUGCAUUCUUUCCAACGGCAGCUGGCUAUAUCAGUCACUGCACGGUGUUAAUAAUUGGCGUUUUAGUUUGAAAUGAUUGCAUAACUGCAUAUUAACAAUUGGAAUUACGUAGUAGAAAAAAUAUGUCUUAUUCUGACGAUCAGGCGCUGGAUCAAAUUAAUAGAGAGGCUGAGGAGCGGAAGGCAGCUAGAUUAGCUGCUAGGGAAAGGCAGCGUGCUGACAAAAUGAGAGAAAGAAUCCAGAAAUCUGAUUUAGAUGGACCAAAUUAUGGAUACAAAAGUAGUAAUUCUCAGUCCGAUAACGAUUGUAGAGAUCAAUCUCAACAAUUAAAAGAAUUGGAGGAGAAGGUUAAGAAAAGUGAAUUACGUAUCGAUGAAUUGGAAAAAGAGAGAGUCUAUUUAAGAUAUCAGCUAGACUUUGAUAGUGACGAGUUAAUUCAAUUAAGGGAAAGAAAUAUACAAAUAGAUCGGAUUUGUAAGAAUCUUGAAACUGAAACAAAGAAAACCAAAAGAGAAAAGAAAGACUUGGAAGAACAAACUACAAGGCUUAUGAAAGAAAUUGAAAAAAGGGAUAAAUUAAUUGAAGAUAAUAAUUUAGUACUUAUUCAAAAUGGGGAAGAAUUAAAUUCUAGCCGCGAUAACGGUGGUACUUUAAUCAGUGCUGAAGCUGCGAAUAUACUUGCUUUGGGGAAUGGCUCAUUAGAUGAUAAAAUAAAGAGUUUAGCUGAAGAAAGAACGUCAUUGAAAAAUGAGAUAAAAGACUUGCAACAACAAUUGGAAGAGGAAAAAGAUAAACAAAGAAUGAACGAAAAAUAUAAUGUGCCAACUCAAUCGAACUAUUCAAAUGGUCCUGAUAGCGAUAUAUUGUUACAACAAGAGUCUCAAAGACAACUAACUGAAUAUCGAUUCAAAAUAAAGAAAAGCGAACAGGAGAUUGCGACUUUACAAGGAAAUCUAAGUCGUAUGGAAACACAAGUCAAAAGAUAUAAAACAGCCGCCGAAGAUGCUGAAAAAAAUGAAGAAGAAUUAAAGCAAGAUCGUCGAAAACUCCAAAGAGAAUUAAGAGAAAUCCAAUCAAAAUUGGAAGAAAGUGAAAGAGAAAAGUCUAAUAUGAGUAGAAGAAUAGAACGCUUACGUAAUUCAAGAGUAAGCUCUUUACAGUCGUAGAAGAAUAGCAUUUUUUUAUACUGUGAGAAAAAAAAAGCGGUUAAAGAAAAAGAAGAAAAACGUAAUUGUUUUGAACGCUCAUAAUACGUAGGGAGUUUUUUUUUCACUCUGCCUGAUAAACAAACAAAAAAAAUGAUUUUUUUUCUAAUGUUUAGAUUUAUUCGCAAGGUAUUCUGCUUGGUCAGUUAUGGCAUAUACAUAACAUAUUUUUGAAAGCUUAUUAUAUUUAUAUAUAUAUAUAUAUAUAUAUAUAUAUAUAAAUUUAUAUAUCUACCCUUUUCUCUCCAUACUAUUAUCCCAUAUUCUACAAUACCCAUUCUCUAUUCUUCGAAGAAGGACAAUACACCGAUAGCAAUACCAUUAAGAAAGAAUACUUUAUUUACCCUUUCAAUAAGAAAAAAAUUUGUUAACCCGUAUUAUAAAAUUUCUACUGUUUUUUUUUUCAGUUAUUUUAUUACGGUGUAAAAAAAAAUACAUAUUUUUUUCAUUUUAUUAAACAAUUUUUUCAUAACAAAAAAUUUAUAUUUUUUUAAAAUAUUAAGUGACAAAACUCUGCCGUUUAUCAACCUAGAUUUACAUACUUUUUGUUGUUAUCUAGUUUAUAUCAGGGUUAGCUAAUGUUGCAAAAAAUACUUCGUACAGAAAAAUUAUUAAUAUGUACAUCACUAGUUACAAGCAUUUAUAUAUAAAUAUAUUUAUAUAUAUAUAAAUUUUGUAGUAAUUUAAUUCUAAAUACAAAAAUGAUAAAACUUUGAUGACUAAUUAGCAUAUUAGUUAAUUAACAAGUGAAUUUCAUAUUGGGAUGGAAUUACUUUUUUUU